AUGGAGCCCGUGUCGCUGCAGGAUUUCGCGCGCGCGCUGAACCCCGCCUCCCUCCCGCGCGUGCUGCGGGUCUGCUCCGGGGUCUACUUCCAGGGCUCCAUCUACGAGAUCUCUGGGAAUGAGUGCUGCCUCUCCACGGGGGACCUGAUCAAGGUCACCCAGAUUUGCGUCAAGAAUGUGGUCUGCAAGAACCCAGGGACGGGUCAGACCAUAGAGCUCGCCCUCAACUUCCAGGGCCUCUUCACCCCAUUCCGCCCUCACAGCUACGAAACCCUGGAGGAGCUGGUCUGCACCACCAAGAGCUCCAUGCAGCUGCCCAUUGACUUCAUGUCAACCCGCAGCAUCACCACAGACCAGGUGGUGCCUGGGGACCAGCCGCUCACGCUCGAUGCCAUAGAAAUGCAAUCGGGGUCUGCUAUGCCCGCUGUGUGCUGACCACGCAACACCUGGGUCGUGGUGCACCUGCCCCUGUCAGAGGGGCCGUUCUGGAAAUGGGAUCCUGGCACCCCUCGGACUCUGCUCGGCCUGCAGGACCCGGCCCUGAGUAACGCCUUCUCACCUGCCCAGUCCUCCCCUGCGCUCCGUGACCUGACGCCCCAAUAUGAGAUCCACGCCAUCAUGCACACCUUUUCAAGUGUUAGAACCACAACCCCCUCCGCUGCCCAAAUCCAAGGUGAUGACCUUGCCAGAGGUUACCAAGGACAAGUCAAAACUAUACAGCAAGAUUCCUGACAAGAAGAAGGACCGCAAGCAAACUAAGGCCAAAACAGAGGAUCUAGAUGCGGAUGAUCAUGAUUAUGAAGACGUAAACGAUUAUGAAGUAGUAUCUGAGCACUUUCGGAAAACCCUGUAGGUGUUGAAGGAGUCAUGCUUCUUAACUGCUGCUUCUCAGGGAAUCCUGAUACCAGCCAACCAUUGCAGGCCUUUAGCAGAUCUUGGAUAAGGUCUCACAGAUUAGAUUGUGGGCAGGAAGUGGUAUUGUGGGCACUGAUCUGCAAUGGACAUUGCACUAGCUUCCCUCAGGUUCUAGGUUCUUGCCACUGAGGGCUGCUCACUUGGGCCCAGCACCUUACACUGACUCCCUCGCCUCAGAGAUUUGGUAUCCAGAGGAGCCACUGGGUUCUACCCAAUCCUGUGUCCGGUUGUUCCCCUGGUCGGUACACACGAGAACCAAAGAGACCGUCCACCACAGUGACUCUUGCCUCCCGGUAAAGGGAAUGAUCAUGAUCACACUGCACUGAGAGCCCUUUUUUACAUUUGCCAUCCCCUCCCCACCAAGGCUCUAAGCUUCUGGGUCCAGAACUGUCUUCCUCAUCUCCGCAGCACCGAGCACCUGACAGCUGUAGUCACUGUCCAUGAGGAUUUCAUUCUAAGACCAUGGAAUAAAAAUGACAUCUGAGCUUCUGGGAAAAUGUGAUAUCACUAAGUUCUGCAUGCCAGAUCCUCUACAGGCCCAUCUAAAUGCGCUACUCUCUGAGACAGACAGUGGUCUUAUUUUAAAAGUCAGGAAACUAACUUGAGUGGCCAAGUGCUUUAGAAGGCAGACUAGUCAUGAGCCUGGAAUAAACAAGCUAUUUAACCUAAGCUUCAGCUUCUUCCUAGGUAAAAUGAAACUAAGUUAGCUACCUCUCAAACUGAUUUUAUCAAAUGAGAUAAGCUUCGUAAAGCAGUCAGCAUAGUGCUUGGUACAUAAUAGUCAAUAAGCAGUAGUCUCAUUCUUGUUGACCAAGAUCACGUAGCUGUGCCUAUCUCCAAACCUAUCCUCUUUCCACAUGCCUACAUCAUCUGCCAGUCAUGGGAUUCGUCCCAGUGCUUAAAUGUAUGAGACCAGAGACAGAGCCCAGUAACUGGCUGGAGGGCCUCACCACCUAGUAGAAUGGAAGUAAGAGAACAAAUACAAGCCUGUGUUUACAUAGAGGCUAAAUCAGCUUUCGAAGUCAGUCCAUGCCUGCUCAAUGAGGUAAGACCACAGGCCUCAUUUCCUAGAAGUGGUGGGACUUUGGUUUCCUGGGUUGAUAUAGUCACAGAACUAAGUACUUGGUUGGCAAAGAUAAGAAAAAACAGGAUGAUCUGAGUCAUCAGCUGAGGUGGGACUAGAAGAGACAAAUUUCCAGCUCUUGGAUUCUAGGCACUGCACCUGGGUAUGUCCUUCCUUUUCCUGCUAACAUCCCUCUGGCCUGUCUGGACCCCUGUACUUCCUAGGCCUAGCCUCCAUACCCCUGGACACACUUCUCCAGAUCGCUGAGUGGCUACUACAGACUGCUGGGCCAGUCCCCAGUAUCUAGCGCCCCAUCCCUUACCUUCUACCAGUUUUCAUGCCAACCUCCAGAGACAAUCUAACCUGUGCAGGACAACCCCAAGGAAGAGAGUACUCUGGGACAAGCUGUAAGCAAGCUCCUCCUUCGCACAGAACUCCUAGGAACCUAGCUCACAUGCAAAAUGUUGCUAUUUUUCGCUUUCACAUUUGCAUUUAAUCUUGACACCAAAUUGAGCAAGAUCACAAGCAGAGAGGGAAGAGGGCUAGCAGUUGCUACAAAAGGUCAUUUCUGAGAGGGCAAACACUGCAAUGAGAAGAAAUGAAGCCAUUUCACAGCAGGGAAAGCUGGGCUUAAAAGGAAACAUUUGAAAACCACAACUGUGAAUGUUUUAUCAGAGAAAUGGGUGGGGGGUUUGGCUGGUAGGGGACCAUAGGAUACCAACCUCAGGGUGCUCUUGCCUUUUUGCCUCUGGCCGGGUAUUCUAAUGGGGCUGGGGGUUCCCCCAGAGCAGUGGUCUCCAAUGAGCAUACAUAUCUAAGGUAUUCAAGGUGAUCCCCUGGGAAAUAGUAUUAUCCUUUCAUAUUUAUUUUUAACAUCCUUUUAAAUUUCUAUUUGUGAAUGUUUUGUAAUGUGUAACAUACAAUGAUAGCUGUAUAUCACUGCUAAAUAAAUGAAUAUAAAAACUG